UCAUAAUAUAAGCGGUGACAUACAUAGCGUGUGUUUGCGUGCGAUUAGCAAGAUAAGGUGUUCUACGGUGGAAAAUUAUUAUAAAUACUGCUGUUGUAGCACGAGAGAUCUAGAGAAAUAAAAAAAAUAUAACAUACACAGCGAAUAAUCAUCGUUGUUCAACUAUCUGUCCAUUCAGCUUUCGAUACAUAUAUAUAUAUUCUCUAUCUCUGUCCCUUGCUGUGACACAUUCAGUGCGCUCGCUAGGCAGUGAAUUAAAUGGAAUAGAUAAUAUAUUAAAUCACAAACAGUUAAGACAAUUUUGAAUAUACCAAUAAAUAAAACCGCUAUUUCAAUGUCGCAUCUCGUCGGCAUAGUAUCAAAUUCGGUGGCCACAACAUUAACAGCUUGUUUUUUUAAAUUUCAAGCUUGGCGCACCGUUGGCAUUCGAGGUUCACAUAGCUUAACACAAUUCAUCAAAAUGAGCGAUUUUAGCGUUGAAAUUCUACCAGCAUUACAGGACAACUACAUGUAUUUGAUUAUCGACAAUAAAACGCGUGAGGCAGUCGUUGUAGAUCCCGUAGAUCCCGAACGUGUGUUAACAGCGGUGUCCGAUCAAGCGGUUCAAUUGAAAUCGAUUCUCACCACACAUCAUCACUGGGAUCACGCUGGCGGAAAUGAAAAGCUAGUCUCAAAAUUUAGCAAAUCGUUAAAAGUGUAUGGUGGCGAUGAUCGUAUUGGUGCUUUGACCGAUAAAGUUAAACAAGAUGAUGAGAUCCAAUUGGGAAAUUUAACGAUUCGGUGUUUAUUCACACCAUGCCAUACAACCGGUCACAUAUGUUAUUACAUUGACUCACCCAAUGGUGAUCGUGCUGUGUUCACAGGCGAUACCCUAUUUUCCGGCGGUUGUGGUCGAUUUUUUGAAGGCAAUGCCACAGAUAUGCAUGCCGCACUUAUCGGUAAACUGUCCGCACUCCCAAACGAUACGAGUGUUUAUUGUGGUCACGAGUAUACUCUGCAAAAUUUAGCAUUCGCAAAACACGUUGAACCAAGCAAUCAGGACAUUCUCAAGAAAAUCGAUUGGGCCAAGAAAAUGCGCACUGACAACAUUCCGACGGUGCCGUCAACGAUUGGUGAAGAAAAAUUAAUCAAUCCCUUUAUGCGAGUCAAUCAAGUAAGUGUUCAACAGCACACUGGUAAAACUGAUGAGAUUUCGACGAUGGCUGCAAUUCGCAAGGAAAAGGAUAAUUUUAAAGCCUAAAUCCAAAAAAUAAGAUUAUUUUUCUAUUAUAAACCAAAAAGAAACAUUCAUUCUUUACCGAUUAUAUCAUUCACAAAUACUUAAAAACACGUUUAAUUUCCAGUAAAUGGAAAUCUAAAAAAAAAACAUCAAAUAUGAUUGCACGUAAAUGCAAAAAAUAAAGAACGCUGGAUCAAA